UAUUUCAAUUAACAAUAAGAGACAUUUAAAUUACGAUUCGAAUCCACCAUCAUCCUUGCGUGUACAUUGCAUUACGAUUGCUCAACAUCAAUAGCAGUGCGACUCUUCCUUUUUGCUAUGUUGACAGGUAGAAAUACUAUGCGAACAUCAUUAUGAGGAUAGCAAUGGAGAGGUGAGUGUUUUCAAAGUCUCUCAGAUUUUUUAUAGCCUCAGUUCGAGCCUGAUAUUUGCCGGUCGCUUUUGCUUGCGCCAUGUAACAAAACAAAACGAUGCCUUCCCUUUCCACGGCGAUGUACAGAUGGCAGCAGGAGGAAUGAACGUUAGGUUGUUAUUGACUUUUGAGGAAGCCGGCAACUGAAUGAUGAGAGUUCCAGAAGACGACCGAAAUAAAACGAAGUAUGAAUCCCCCCACCACCAAGGCACCAACGGCUACACCGCCGUGAGGCCCGGCCAUGGCGGACGCGCGGGAGCUGCAACGGUACCUGGGCGCCGCCCUCUCACACCGCGGCGGGGGGGCGCUGCCCUAUGCGGCGGACGACAGGUGGCUGAUCCGCCACCACCUGGUCUCUCUGGUCGAUGCCUUCCCUUCCUUCCGCCCCUCCGCAGCCGCCUUCACCUAUAACGACGGCCGCACCACCAUCCUCCUCCGCGCCGAGGGCACCAUCCCCACCUCCGGCGGCCACCUUCCGGCCUCCAUCUGGCUCCUGGAGGCCUACCCCCACGUUCCCCCCGCCGUCUUCCUCUGUCCCGUCCGGGGGACGCUCAUAAGGCCCGGCCACGCCCACGUCGACCCCUCCGGUGCCGUCGACGCCGCCUACCUCCGCUCCUGGCGCUACCCCGCCUCCAACCUCGCCGACCUCGUCCCCUCCCUCUCCCUCCUCUUUAGCCUCGAUCCACCCCUCUACACUAAGCCCAAGCCCAGGAAUGAUCCGGUGGAGGUGAAAUGGAUCUUGGAGAUGGUGCAGCGGGACCUCGCCGGCCGGGAGGCGGAGAUGGAGGGGUUUCUUCGAGUCCAGGCGGAGUUGAAGCGAAGAGAACAGGCGAUCGCGCGUGGAACGAGGGAAUUGGAGGAAGCGAGGGACAACUUGGAGCAGGAGCUUCAGGUGACUCAGAUGAACACGGAUGUGAUGGAGAGUUGGGUACGGGAGACCAAGGGGAACAUCAGAAGGAGAUGGAAGGAAAGGGAAGUGAGCAUUGAUGAUGUAUUCGAGCCGUCUGAUGUGUCUUCGAGGAAGAUGAUGGAAUGCGCAGCGAUGGACCUGGCGUUGGAGGACACCAUUUAUGCGUUGGAUCGGGCGGCGACUGAGGGAUGCAUGCCUUUUCAUGCGUACUUAAAACACGUGAGGGCGCUGUCGAGAGAGCAGUUCUUCCACCGGAGCAUGGCAGCCAGAGUCCGCAUGAUGCUUCAUAGAGAGGGUGAGAGAAAUCAAGUAGGAAGCUUGUGAUUUGAUUUGGUUACAACAUCAUGUUUUGUGGUCUUUUGACACUUUGUUUCUGAAUCUGGAUUGGGAAGGGAAUAUGGUAUAUGGAUGAGGAUUCUUUUAGCAUGGACUCAUGUAGACAGUUUGGGUACCUUCCAUGUAGAGAAUUCCCCGGCUAUUUUGUGGUAAUACAUGUAAUAUGAUGAACAUUAGAUCAUACUGUAUACAAAUAAUUUGCCUAGAAACUAAUUUGUAUCUCUUGGUGAUUUUGUAUUGGGUGGAUUUUAGAUGCCUUUGGGCAUGUGAUUCCAAUUUUCCAUAAUUAUCGAUGUAUCCUAUUUUGUUGUGCUGCCUAAA